GUUCAUGAAUUGACUAUCUCUCUCUCGUCUAGUGUGCUGUUGUGUGUGUGUGCCUGUGGGCGUGGUCACUGAUCAGCGAUGAUCAGCAGCGCCAGCUGGAUUCAAUUGUUUGUUCCCUUUAUAAGUUCAGUAACCUGUGUUUCAUGUUGUCAGAUCGUUGUACUUCCCGGUGUGUUCCUGUACCUGUUCCCGUGUCUGUCUAGUCGGUUGGAUUCCCCGUAUUGUCGUCGUUCUUCCCUGGAUUACCACUCAGCACUGGAUCACUGAGCACCGUCACGAAGGAUUACUACACUGACCGGGUAUUAUUCGAGGGAUCAUCACUGGAUUGAGCACCACCACCAGUUGUCCAUCGAAGUCCCUGUGUCACUGUUCCACCCUGCCUUGUGUCUGCCCGCCUGUGCUUCUGUGUUACUUCGUCAUUUCUGAUCUUUGUGCUGAUUUAAUAAACAGCGUUUGCAUUUACAUCCUGUUUCUGUCUUACGUAACAGAACGAUCUUACCCGUUAUGGAUGUAGCAGGCGCUACAACGUGGGACGAGUUCGCGGCUUGAAGCAUCACUAGAAUGGACACCCAAGAGGUGAACAUCUCUCUCACAGGAAGGGCGGUCAAAGCGCUUGUGACGCAGGUGUCCGAGCUCACCCAACAGAUACAACAGUUAAGAGUUUCCACUGCGCCACCCACACCGCCAGCUCCGCCCCCUCCACCAGAGCCGCGGCCGCGGCGAGAACCGAGACUGCCUACACCAGAAGGAUAUGCAGGAGGAGGCAGUGAAUUUAUCUAACGUGCCCGAAGAGUACCAGGACCUGAGAGAAGUGUUCAGUAAGUCUCGUGCUGCUUCUCUUCCUCCACAUCGUCCCUACGACUGUGCCAUAGACUUAGUACCAGGGUACAUCGUCUCGUCUGAGGGAAUGCGUAUGGAUCCUGACAAGGUUAAGGCUGUGAUAGAUUGGCCAAGUCCAGAUUCCCGUAAGGCCCUACAGAGGUUUCUGGGAUUUGCCAAUUGUUAUCGACGUUUUAUUCGUAACUUCAGCCAACUAGUCGCGCCUCUGACUGCCUUGACCUCCCCCAGAACGACGUUCAGGUGGUCUGAUACAGCGGAAGCUGUAUUUGCCAAACUUAAGAGCCGCUUCGUUUCGGCUCCCAUCCUCGUUGCCCCUGAUCCAUCACGUCAGUUCGUGGUGGAGGUCAACGCACCAGAGGUGGGGGUAGGAGCAGUUCUUUCCCAACGUUCUGCCACAGACGACAAGAUUCACCCUUGCAUGUUUUUGUCUCAUCGUUUAUCACCUGCCGAACGUAAUUAUGACAUUGGUAACAGAGAGUUGUUGGCAGUCUCCGCCUGA